AUGGAUGACCCGCUGCUGCGGCUAGCUGUUGCCUCCCCAACCCUGCUGAGCUUUGCGCAUUUCCCCUUGGCCCUGAGACCAUCGCAAGUCGUCAAGACGUCAUCGCGCAACCGGGCAGGACAGAAGGCCCUUAGGGUGCCCAAUCUCCCACAUCCUGCAGCUCAGAAUCUUUACCAGCCCCUCUCCCUCUCCUCCGAGACUGUGGCAUACCAGCCCUUCCCUGACUCCCUCCUCAGCCCUCACUCCAGGAUGGGCAAGGGAAAGAGGGACGACGGCGACUUGAGGACUAACUUGCUGGAAGACUCCAACGGACAUGCCGAAUGGGGCAGCAACGGAGCAGCGGCUGCCAACAAGUCGGACGAUUUUGAUAUCUCCAACGAUGAGGGUGGGGGGGAGAACCACCAGAGCACAGAGGACGCUGCAGCACAGAGGAAGAGGAACGUCCGCUUCUACACGUCCUCGUCUAUCCCCUCCGACGUCGGCAAGGGCCCGGAGCUGGAGUCACUGGACUUCGACACCAUCAACAACCCUUACUGGGUUGAUCUCUCGCGCAGACCCCCGAGGAAGUUCUUCGGGUACACGGGGAAGACUUUCACGCGGUGGACACUGUCCAUCCUGAUCGGGCUGUUCGUGGCCUUGACCGGAAACUUCAUCGCGUUCAUGAUCGAGAAUCUGAGCGCGGUCAGGAACAGCGUUCUUCAAAGCCUCUUCGACUCGGAGCAGCCUGACUCGCACGCCUUCGUCUUCUUUGUCCUCUACAACGGGGCCCUUGUGCUCAUGGGAGCGCUGCUGACGGCCACGGUGGAGCCGGCAGCGGCGGCGGGAGGCAUACCUGAGAUCAAGGCUUAUCUCAACGGAACUCAUGUGAAGAACUUCUUGCGGCUGCGAGCCAUCUUCGUCAAGUUCAUCUGUGCAGGAGCAGGAGCGGGGAUGGCUGCAGCCUUUGGGGCUCCGGUGGGGGGCGUCCUCUUCGUCUUGGAGGAAGCUGCUUCCCACUGGUCCCCCCAGCUCAUAUGGCGAGUCUUCGCAGCCGCGCUGGUCGCGACCUUCACCCUCGCCUUCGUCAAGGCAGGGGAGAACGGAGGAGAUAUCUCGCUUGCUGGCCUCCUUUCCUUCGGUACCGUCCAGUCCGUGGAGGACAUGAAGCGGCAGCUGGUCAGCUCGGACGGCUCAGUCAAGGUGAGCGCGGUCGACGCUCCUGUCUACUGGUGGGAGAUCGUCUUCUUCGCACUGGUGGGGGUAGGAGGAGGGAUCCUCGGCGGGCUGUGGGACCUAGCAUGGAACGCGAUCGCGCCCUUCCGGCCCAAGGGUCGCGUCAUGCGCGUGGUGGAGGUAGUCAUGGUGUCGGUCUUCACGUCUGCGGUUGUCUUCUCGCAGGCCUACUCCUACCCGCAGUGCCGCAACAACGGGUCCUGGAGCUGCCGGGACAGCGAGAACUGGGGGGACUGGUGCGGGGGGCCCCAGGACAACUCGACCUGCUCCGGGGCCCGGGCCAAGUGCGUGAACGCGUCCGGAUGGGUCUGCCAGGGAGGAGAGAACUCAGGGAAGGCCUGCAGAGGGAGGGGAGACUGCGAGUGGCGCGGGGGGGUGUGCAUGCCGAUGGAGACGGAAGAGAUCUUCGGGGUGCGCCUCGGGUGCCCCGUCGGGCAGUACGACGAGCUGGCGACCAUCUUCUUCGGGACGCGGGAGCAGUCGAUCGUGCGUCUAUUCACACAGGCAUCUCCCCGCGAGCCCUUCAGCAACAGCUCCCUCACCAUCGCCGGGCUGACCUACAUGGUCCUCAUGCUCUUCACUUACGGCUGCGCCAUUCCCGCCGGACUCUUCAUGCCCUCCGUCAUGGUGGGCGCGUGCCUGGGGAGGCUAGUGGGGCAGCUAGUCAAGCAGUACGUCGAGAGCUCGGUCUUCAGCGGGGCGUACGCGCUGGCAGGAGCAGCGGCGAUGCUGAGCGGGGUGCAGCGGGCGACGAUCUCACUGGUCGUGAUCAUCAUAGAGGGGACGGCCAACGUUCACUUCCUCCUCCCCAUCGUCGUCACGACCUGCACGGCGAAGCUCGUCGGGAACCUCUUUGGGCACGAGGGAGUGUACGAGAUCGGGCUGAGGAGGAAGAAGCUCCGGUUCCUCGAGCACGAGCCGCACUGGAUGAUGGACCUCUGCACUGCAGGAGACGUCAUGUCGACCCCGGUCGUCUGCCUCCCGGUGGUGGCCAAGGUCGGAGAAAUCAUAGAGAAGCUAAAGGGUUGCGGGCACAACGGCUUCCCCGUGCUCUCCCUGACCGACGAGGGGGACGAGGGCGCAGGGCCGCGCCAGCAGCAUGAGCGAAGUCCCGUCAACGACUGCAAGUUCGAGGGACUCAUCCUCCGAGCUCAACUCCAGCACAUGCUCGGAGCUAGGUUCCUCGAGGACGGAGCUGAUCCACAGGGCUUGUGGCAUCGCAUCACGUACGACAGUCUCGAGCAUCUCUCGCUCGACGGCGAUCCAGACAUGUACGAGCUCAUGGCAUACAACAACCGACAAGGAGCCAGCGGACUGCAGGCAUGGGAAUUUCGAGAUUUCUCUCCUGAAGAUCGCGAGAGAUACGUGAACCUUGGCGCGUAUAUGAAUUGCUCCUGCUAUACGGUACUGGAGAGCUGUCCUCUCUCCCGAGCAUACAAGCUCUUUCGUAACAUGGGCCUCCGCCAUCUCCCCGUCGUUGACGUUCAGAAUCGCGUGGUGGGCAUGCUCGCUCGAGCCAACUUCUCAGAAGAGGUGAUUCAUCAGGCCAUGACCGUAUACUACCACGACGACGAGAUUCACCAGCAUGCAAGCGAGGAAAAGAACCCGCGGCUCAAGGGAUACGACACGGUCUCGCGGCAGCUCAACCGACACGCUCUCUACACGGAGGAAGGAGGAUACAUCGGAGGGCUUGUGACUACCUGGCAGACUCGUUUGGCCUUCCUGCUGCGAGGAGGGACGUGA